GCGAUCAUGCCUCUCGCAAAGGACCUCCUUCAACCCUCUCCCGAAGAGGAGAAGAGAAAACACAAGAAGCACCUGGUGCAGAGCCCCAAUUCCUACUUCAUGGACGUCAAAUGCCCAGGCUGCUAUAAAAUCUCCACGGUCUUCAGCCAUGCACAAACCGUCGUUUUGUGUGUUGGCUGCUCUACAGUCCUCUGUCAGCCUCCAGGAGGAAAAGCCAGGCUCACAGAAGGAUGCUCCCUCAGACGGAAGCAGCACUAA